GCAUGCUGUCUCACUGAAGAGCCUUAAACCUCUUCCACAGGCCUCUCCCAUGGAGGGCUGGAACACUGUGCCGGGGAAGAAGAUCAAAAAGUUUUUCCCAACAUGGGGCCAGAACUCUCAGCCUGAUGCAGAUGGUAGAGGGCCGAAGAAUCAGAGCAAGUCAGUCAAGCCCCAGUCAGCACUACCUCCUCGACUGCAGCAUACUGUGGGAACCAGGCAGCAUCAGUUCUUGUGUUCUGCACCCCAACCUCAUCAGACCUCAACUGAGCAAAAAGCUCCAGGCAGGAAUCCUUCCCAGACUGUGAGGAAGCCAGAGAGGGAGAGGACAGAGGAUCUGAGCCAUGGCAGCAGAGACUGUAACUACUUUGGCCUGUCCCCAGAGGAGCGCAGGGAGAAACAGGCCAUAGAGGAGUCCCGCUCCCUCUAUGAGAUCCAGCAGAGGGAUGAACAAGCCUUCCCUGCUCUCUCCAAUAAUCCAUCAGUCUGUCAGGCUGCUACACAGACUGUGGAUAACUUAAGCCAGAAAAAGUUCUCCAAUAACGAGAGGAGAAACGGCAAGUGGACAGCAGAGGUGGAAGAGCAGAAGGAUAAAGAGUCAAAUUCCAGGCAGAGCCACUUAAGUCAGAAGCUUGAGCCAAAUUCAUCUGAGAAGAAUAGUCAAGAUGAGAGUUACCCCAAAGCUUCAUCUCCUUUGGAACAAGUCAAAACAGAGUCUCCGAUUCUUGCUGAGCAAAGCCUGACAGAAUGCUUACCAAGCAUAACUCCAACACCCUCUCCAGUCUUUUCUGAGGUGCAUUUACCUCCAGCAGUGCCUUCUGUACCAGCCAUUGUGCCAGCUUGGCCAAGUGAGCCAGCAGCUUAUGGACCAGCAGGUAUCCCAGCUCAAAUACCUGCUUCUUCACUGAUGCCAGCCCCAGCCACGGGACCUGACUCUAUUGUAUCACAGGCUCAGACUCUGAAUCCUUAUCAGGACCCACUGUACCCUGGAUUCCCUUUCAGUGAGAAGGGAGAAAGAGCUGUUGCACCCUCUUACUCCCUGUGCAAUACGGGGGAAGACUUGCCUAAAGAUAAGAAUAUUCUUAGAUUUUUCUUCAAUCUUGGUGUGAAGGCAUACAGCUGCCCCAUGUGGGCCCCCCACUCGUACCUGUACCCCCUGCACCAGGCCUACCUGGCGGCCUGCCGGAUGUUCCCCAACGUGCCCCUGCCCGUGUACCCGCAGGGGCCCUGGUUCCAGGAGGCUCCGCCGGCCCCCG